AUGCAAAGUCGUAUUUUCCCUGUUUUGCUGGCGACUGGCGUUGGUAUUGCCACUGGUGUCUAUGUAUUCCAGCCAUUGUUGAAAGAAUACGAAGCCGAAACCAAUGGAACUUGGAUAUUGCCUGGAAAUGAGCAAACCACAAAACCUUUUGAAAACAAACCAAGAGUACCUGAACAAAAAGAAAGCACCGAAAAAGAUUGA